AUGUCUUCCACAUCCUUGCUAGUGUUGCUGCUGGGACUGGUGGUUCUCACUACCUCGUCUCUUGCUGACUACCCCAAGCAUCCCCCACUUCAGAAACCACCUACGGAACACCAACCACCAACUAAACCUCCCAAUGGAGAGAAGCCACUCCCCGAACACAAGCCACCAAGUCCAUUUGGCAAACCACCCCAGGGAGAGAAGCCCCCACCACAACACAAGCCAUCUGACAAAACUCGUAAGCUUCUCCAGGUAGAGAAGCCGCUUCCGGAGCACAAGCCGCCGGUGAAGGAACCACCUACGGAACACCAGCCACCAAAUGAACCUCCCAAGGGAGAGAAGCCAGUUCCCGAACAUAAGCCACCAAGCCCAUUUGGCAAACCACCCCAGGGAGAGAAGCCGCCACCAGAACAAAAGCCAUCUGACAAAACUCGUAACCUUCUCCAGGGAGAGAAGCCACUCCCCGAACACAAGCCACCAAGCCCAUUCGGCAAACCACCCCAGGGAGAGAAGCCACCACCAGAACACAAGCCAUCUGACAAAACUCGAAACCUACUCGAGGGAGAGAAACAACUCCCGGAGCACAAGCCACGAAGCCCAUUAGGCAAACCACCGAAGGGACAGAAGCCACCUCCUUCCGGUCACAACCCUGGGCACCCUCCUGCAGAGAGUGCCGAAGACUCAUACAAGCCACCUCAGAAGAUUACGCCUCCUUCAACUCCAACAAAGAAGCCACCAGCUCCUACCCAGAAGCCACCCCACAAACCACCAUCUCCUACCCAUCCCAACUGA